UCCUCCGUGUUGGUCUGAUCCGGGUCAAAGGUCACCGGCUGAACAACAUGGCGGCCUCUGUUCUUCGGGGGAGAGCGGCUCUGCGCUCCGCGAGGCCUUCCGUCCGUCCGUCAUGGCUCCACAGCUCUCCUCCUCUUCCUCAGCAGUCCGGCUCUCCUCCUCUUCCUCAGGCGGCGUUCUUCCCGCCGGUGGACGCCGUCAUGCUGCCGACAGGAAGUUUCAACAACCGGGUGGCGUUCAUCACGGGGACGGGCCUGGGCCGGGCCAUGACCACCGCUCUGUCCCAGCUGGGAGCGCAGUGCGUCAUCGCCAGCAGGAAGCUGGACGUCCUGCAGAAAACAGCCGAAGAGAUCAGCAGCCAGACUGGAAACAAGGUCCAUGUGGUUCAGCUAGAUGUCAAAGAUCCUGAGGCGGUCUCUCGUUGUGUGGACCAGGUGGAGUCUCUGACGGGACUUCCUGAUGUGAUCAUCAACAAUGCAGCAGGAAACUUUGUCUGUCCGUCAGAACAUCUGUCGCCGAACGCCUGGAAGAGCAUCACAGACAUCGUCCUGAACGGGACCGCCUUCGUUACUCUGGAGCUCGGCAAAAGACUGAUCCAGAGUCAGAAAGGUGCGUCCUUCCUGGCCAUCACCACCAUCUACGCUGAGUCUGGUUCUGGUUUCGUGGUCCCGAGUGCGUCGGCGAAGGCUGGAGUCGAGGCACUCUACAAGUCUCUGGCUGCAGAGUGGGGGCGCUACGGCCACAGGUUCAACAUAAUCCAGCCUGGACCAAUCAGAACCAAGGGGGCCUUCAGCCGUCUGGACCCAACUGGAGAAUUUGAGAAGUCGAUGAUCGGUCGGAUCCCGAUUGGUCGACUCGGAACACCGACAGAGAUCGCAAACCUGGCAGCGUACAUCAGCAGCGACUACGCUACCUGGAUGUCUGGAGCUGUGAUUCGGUACGAUGGAGGAGAAUACGUGUCGAUGGCCGGAGAGUUUAACGAGCUGCGCAGGCUGACUCCAGAUCAGUGGAAGAUGAUUGGGAAGAUGACCAGAAGCGCUAAAGGGUCCUAGAAACACUCCAACACUCCUCAUUGGACCACAACAACCAAUCAGAUCACAGUGUUCUGGUGGACCCGCCCAACUAAUGAUGUCAUAAUGAUGAGACAAGAUGACGGACGAUUUCUAUUGAUUGAUCUGUGAUUAUUGAUUGAUCUGUGAUUAUUGAUCGAUCUGUGAUUAUUGACACACGGAUUCACUAACAGAUGACCCUGUUAGCAGCUGGUGGGGAGGUCAUGUGACCUACUGCACAUGCUCAGUAUAAACACACACACACACAUAUAUAUAUAAAUAUGUGUGUGUGUGUGUGUGUGCGUGUGUGUGCGUGUGCGUGUGUGUGUCUCUGGCUGUUUGAUAAUAAAA